CCCGUGGCAGGGAUCCCUGCGGGGGGGGGGGGAGAAUUGCCAUCCCUAGUUUGGAGGGGUUGGGCACAUUCCUUUGAGACCUCUCUCCACUUGAGGAGCCCUCCUUUCUCUCCUUCUUUCCUUUGGAUCCCACUGUUUCUCCGCCCUUGCUGUUGCAAUUUGGUGCUCCACAACCCAAGGUGAAUCGAAGCUCUAUCAAAACAGAUUUCAAAAUCUAAUCCGCAGGCUCUGCUUGGUUCACGUAGGCUCUAUUUCAGUCGCUUACGUCUACUACUGUUGGAUGCCACUGCUGGGCAGCAAUCGAUUGUUUUAGCAAUGGCAGAAGAGGAUUUACAUUCGAUUUACAUUCCAUGCUUAGGCAAGUCCACAUAUUAGAAGAUCAAGAUGGUAUCUUCCCAUUUCAUACAGUAUGGAAUCAGGAAGAUGCAAACGUGGGAAAGUUGCGAUUGGUAGGAGCUCUUUAGGUAAGGUCAUGGAGGUGGAUGAAGGUUGCAGUAGGAGCUCUUUAGAAUUAGAAUCGACUUGGAGGUGGAUAAACCUUUACGAAGAUUUAAAACCUCCCAGCCAAAUCAAGAGGGGCAACAAUGAAGGAAUGAUGACUACUAGAGGAAUGGAUGAGACACUGAAUCAGCAUCCAGAUGGCUUGCCAGACAGUAAUGUUGAACGCUUGGUGGAAGUGCCUUUGGUACAUGAGUUCAACAACAUCAGCAAGUUAAGGGGGCAAGAUAAAGCUGCAAAAGGAACCAUAGGUCAAUGGAGAAAGACAAGACGUCGCGAUGAGCCCAUGUUGCACAUGGACAAACCCAUUCACAAUAAAAGAAAGCAUGGCACUGAGUUUCUAGAGGAGGAGAGAGCUUGUAAAGUGAUGGUGGACAAUAUAGGGAUGGCUUUAGCUCCAUUAGCCAAAGGCCAUGACCUUCCAGCAGGUGAGGACGCCCAAUUAGCUUCAGAUGCUUAUAGUAACUAUCCUUUCUACAUUGUAGCCCUAUUUAACUCAUACAACGAUUGCAUAUGCAAUCCUUAGUUACAAAUGGCUCUAUUUGCUUAAUUAUCUAAAUCCAUCAUCUAGUUACAAAUGGAUCUAUUUGCUUAAUUAUCUAAAUCCAUCAUGGGUAUAAUUUAAAUCUGUUAUUAGUGCUGUAGGUUAUGCUCUUCUUUUUAUGCUACAAGCCCUGAUUUAGAGAUUCGACUGCAAUAUCUUUUUUUAAUAUAAAUCUCUACUUCCU